AUGGUUGCUCCAGAUCCAAAGAUAGAACCAUAUCUUAAGCAGAGUGGUUUUUGGCAUGUUGCUCAAAUGGUGCCGAUAUUUUAUUAUGAUAGGGCACUCAUUAGUGCACUUGUAGAGUGUUGGAGGCCUGAGUCACAUACAUUCCAUCUUCCAUACGGAGAAUGUACGAUUACUUUAGAGGAUGUUGUAUUUCAAUUAGGCUUGCGUGUUGAUGGGUUCCCUUUCACAGAUACAUUUGGAGCAUUACCCCAUAAUGCUGAUGAGGAGACUAUUAUCCGUUAUACCAGAGCAUACAUAAUGAUUCUAUUGGGUGGAGUACUGUUCCCGGAUAAAUCUGUGAAAUAUAAUGUCACUGAAAUUGCGGGUUGUCUACCUCUUCUACAGUCUUGGGCAUGGUACAAAAUACCUCAAUUGGCCCCUCGACACCAUCUUCCACUCAUUUUUCCACUAGCAUUGAGGUGGAUGUCCUACAAUAACAAUGAGGUGAGGAAUGUUACACCUCGUUUUGUUUAUGAUGAGGUUGAUGUAUCGGCAUCUGUGACUGCUCUUAUCCAGUUUGUUGUGAUUGAGUGGCAUCAUGCUGAUCACGUGGUUCGACAAUUUGGUAGAGCACAACACAUACCAAUAAUCCCCAUAAACAUUGAUCGGUUGCACGCUAAGGAUGGAAGGGCACGUAGGGAGAGACGAAUUCAUUAUCCGCUAGCUGAUGAUGAUCGUCCCUCUGUCAAGUAUUUCUUAUGGUAUUUGUCAGUAGUGAAUAGAUUUUUGUCGCUGGAUGGAGCUCUACAAGAUCUAAAGCUUAGGGAUUUGCCUGAUGGUGUAACACUUCAUGCCCCCCAAGCACCAGAGAUAGUACAUCCUGCUGACGUCCCAGAUAGACGAUCCUUCAGGCGUCGCUUGCGUGCUGGUACACGUACUAGCAGACGCCAAUAUCCAUAUGAGACACAUGAUAAGGAUGACCAUGUACAACCUAAUGUAGAUUCCACCCUACAGCCUCAAGCACAACAUAGCCACCAAACUAAGGGUCAGUCAUAG